CACCCCUCCGCCCGCCGCACCCUCUCCCUCGAGCCUCUCUCCCUCGAGCCUCGCUUCUCUCGCAGGCUCCCUCCCCCCCCUCCUCCCGCUCUUCCUCUCUCGAGAUGGGCCGCAAGGGCAAGAACUCGACCACUCGUCACUGUUACUCCACCCGGGAGCGCCAGCUGGACUCCCGGGAGUCCAAAUGGGGAACACAGCGUCUGCGCCUGUCCGGGGACUCGCAGCACCGCUGGGACCACUGUUGGAUUACCCAACAGCGCCCCUCGCGCCCGGUCAUCACUCCCGAUGGGUACCUCUACGAUUAUGAGGCGAUUUUGGAGAACCUGCUGGUCCAGCGCCAGCAGCUGGUCGCCGCGCGCGAUGAGCAGGCCCAAGCACGCAAGCGCCAGGCCGACCGGCGCCAGCGCGAGCAGGUCCGCGAUCGGGCCAAGCGCGUCCGGCAAUUUGAGGCCCUCGACUCGGGUGUCAUUUCGGCCAGCAGCACCGGCCCGGACCCGAAGAAGGCGAUCGCCGUGUCCUCCGCCACCGGGCUGGACGUUCCGGCGGCUCACAGCACCGACAGCUCCCUCGAGUCGGCUGCCGAUACGAGCGACCGGUCGGACGUCCGGUCGAGUUUCUGGAUCCCCGAGAAUGCCCCGGAGCUGGACUCCGACGAGGAGGACGCGCGCCUGCAGCAGGCACCCAUUCCCAAGUCCCCCUCGUGCCCGAUCUCUGGGCGCCCUCUGCGCAUGAAAGACCUGAUCCGGGUGGUCUUUACGCCGGUGUCCGACCCGGACUGCGCCCGGGGCGACACCCCCUGGAUGUGCCCGGUCACCCAUGAGACCCUGACAGAUGUGACGUCGGUGGUUGUCCUCCGGCAAUCGGGCUACAUUGUUUCGCGGGCAGCCCUGGACCAGGCCAUUGCCAAGGACCGCCUUGAUCCCUUCGCCCCGGCUGGCGCGCCAAAGAUGGACCUCGCGCGUGAUGUCAUUCCCCUGAAGACCGGCGGCACAUCCUUCGCCGCUUCGGCCGAUGCUGAUGCCCUCAUCGUCAAGAAGGUCAACCCGGCAUUCAAUUAGUGGAGGAUGGCCCGCCCGGGAGGCCGCAGGCUGCGCCUCCAGCCGGGUGUCUGCCCCUAGCACUGCCCCCCCCC